AUGGCCUCCACCACCAGCGACAGCCACGGCCUCCUGUCCUCCUCCGCGGCGCUGGCCUCUGCCUUCCCCGACGACCACACACUCUUUCCCCCUUCAACCUCCUCCACCUUCCUCGUCGACCAAGGAGCUGCCUCCUGCUUCCACCACCCCACGGACUACUCCUUCCGCGAUGCCGCCGCACAGGACCCAUCGGCGCCCACCGCCGCGCGCAAGCAGACCAGGAAGCGCCCGAGGCCGUCGCGCCGGCCUCCCACGACCGUGCUCACCACUGAGGCCUCCAACUUCCGCGCCAUGGUGCAGGAGUUCACCGGCUUCCCCGUGGCGCCUACCUUCGCGGCCCCGCAACACCUACGCCCAGGCGGCGUUCUCGUCGAUACCGCGUGGACGCGGUACCAUUUCAAGCUCCCAUUCCCAGCUCCUUCGCAAACAUAUCCGCCCACUGGCACCACUAUUAACACUAACAGCACUAGCUCUUUAGUGCUAAACGCGCUCGCCAUGUUCACCAAGAACAACGGCGUCACAUCUGCUGCUGCUUCCGCUGCAUCCACGCUCAGCUCGGGCUCCGACUUGUACCGAAGCUACGGCCCGGUGGUCUUACGUGGUGCAGGCCGCGGGGGAAGGCCAGAUGGUGCGUCCCGGCUAUGGUCAACUCUCACCUCCCUUGCCCGGCGAUGAUCACACACACUAGCGCUAUUCGAUUACCGAAGGGAGAAACUACUUUUUUGCUCCUCCUAUUCUCAGCUGCGUGUGUAUUGAGACAGUGGGAUGACAGUGUUAUUGCGCAUGGCGUGUUCAUUUCUUCCUUUUUUUGUUAUUAUAAAAUUAUUAUUCCUUUUCUCGAUGUGAUGUAAACAUUAUCUUUGUUAGAGUAAAUUGC